AUGCGCGUGAGCGAACGAGACCUGGUCGAAAAGAGGACGAAGCUCUGGCAUGCUAUUGUUUCGGUGACGCUUCCAUCGAAUCGGCAUGAGGAGAUGUAUUUGCAGCGUUCGAGCAAAGUUGAAACCCAGAGCUAA